CUCACUUAUGGCCUGAAUGUUCAAAGGCCAAGGCAACCCUGAAGGUUAAUAAAGUGUACUGCGGUGGAUUCAUCUGUGUGUACGGAUGGAGCUGACGAUGUCUGUGAGGAUUGUUGCCAUACUGCUGGCCUUGGCGUUCUCUUCAGCCGCUGAGCUGGAUGUGGAAGCUCAAGCGCUGGAGUUCCUUAAAGGUUUCGAUGAGCAGGCUACUGAGCUGAUGUACCAGUACAGCCUGGCGUCAUGGGCCUACAACACCAACAUCACUGAGGAAAAUUCCAACAAAGUGACAGAGCAAGGGGAAAUUUGGAGCAACUUCUACUCCCUGAAGUCAGAGGAAUCCCUAAAAUAUCCCAUCGACCAGAUUAAAGAUCCAGAAAUCAAGCUCCAGCUGAUCUCCCUCCAGGACAAGGGCUCGGGCGCUCUGUCCUCAGACAAAGCUUCACGGUUGAAUAAAAUCUUGGGCGACAUGAGCACCCUCUACAGCACAUCAGCGGUGUGUCUCCCUGAUGAGCCAACGAACUGUCAAACUUUGGAGCCAGGUCUGGAGCAAAUUAUGGCCAGCAGCAAAGACUACUUUCUGCGUCUUCAUGUGUGGGAGGGCUGGAGGAAAGAGGUGGGAAAGAAGAUGAGGCCUCUGUAUGAAGAAUACGUGGAUUUGAAAAACGAAGCUUCCCAACUGAAUGGCUUUGCAGACUACGGUGCGUACUGGAGGUACAACUAUGAGACCAUCGAGGAUGAGGAAGAGUUCAAAUACACCAGAGAUCAGCUGAUGCAGGAUGUCCGUCUGAUUUACAAACAGAUCCUGCCUUUGUAUAAGGAGCUGCACGCCUAUGUUAGAGCCAAGCUGAUGGAGACGUACCCCGGACACAUCGACGCAGAGGGGUAUCUGCCCGCUCACCUGCUGGGCGACAUGUGGGGAAGAUUCUGGACCAAUCUGUAUGAAGUGUCAGUGCCUUAUCCUGCAAAACCAAACAUUGAUGUCAGCUCAACUAUGGUCGAGAAGGGCUGGACAGAGCGUCAGUUCUUUGAAGCGGCGGAGGACUUCUUCAUGUCUGUGGGUCUGUACGAGAUGUUUGAGAACUUCUGGAGUAACUCCAUGUUUGUGAAGCCUGACGACGGGCGCCAAGUGGUCUGUCAUCCCACAGCCUGGGACAUGGGGAACAGGGAGGACUUCAGGAUUAAAAUGUGCACCAAAAUCACCAUGGAUGACUUCCUCACUGUGCACCACGAGAUGGGUCACAAUCAGUACCAGAUGGCCUACCGCAAUCUGUCCUACCCUCUGAGGGAUGGAGCCAACGAGGGCUUCCACGAGGCCGUCGGAGAAAUUAUGUCUCUGUCUGCUGCGACACCGAAACACCUCCAGAGCCUUGACCUCCUGCCCUCUGACUUCAUUUAUGACAGUGAGACUGAGAUCAACUUCCUGUUGAAGCAGGCCCUCACCAUCGUGGCCACGCUGCCGUUCACAUACAUGCUGGAGGAGUGGAGGUGGCAGGUGUUUGCAGGGAACAUCUCCCAGGAUGAGUGGAUGAAGCAGUGGUGGCAGAUGAAGAGGGACCUGGUAGGAGUUAUGGAGCCCGUACCCCGAGAUGAGACUUACUGUGACCCACCAGCCUUAUUCCAUGUGUCUGGAGACUAUUCUUUUAUCAGGUAUUUUACAAGAACCAUUUACCAGUUUCAGUUCCAAAAAGCUCUCUGCACCGCUGCUGGUCACACAGGUUCCCUAUCCACGUGUGAUAUCACGGGUUCCAAAGCAGCAGGGACCAAGCUAAGGAAUAUGUUGGAACUGGGAAGAUCUCAGUCCUGGACUAGAGCUCUGUUCACAAUAUCCGGGGACAAGCGGAUGGAUGCCACCGCCCUGUUAGAUUACUUCCAGAACCUUUAUGACUGGCUGAAAGAGGAUAACCUGAAAAACAAGAGAUAUGUGGGCUGGAAGACAGCUGGAACACCUGAAGUAGAAAAUCCACAGCUCAACAAUGCCAUUAAAGUUAGAAUAAGUUUGAAGGCUGCGUUGGGCGAUAGCGCUUAUUCCUGGAAUGACAACGAACUGUACCUGUUCAGAGCCAACAUUGCUUAUGCUCUGAGGCAGUACUACGGCCUACAAAAACAAGUCAUCGACUUCAACACAGAGAACGUCAUCGCCUUUGAUGAGACUCCCAGGAUCUCCUUCUACAUUGCAGUCACAGACCCCAGAAAUCCUUCAGCGUACAUCCCAAAGGCUGACCUGGAGGCCUCCAUCAGGAUGUCCAGAGGUCGAAUCAACGAUGCCUUCCAACUUGAUGACGGCACGCUGGAGUUUGUGGGCAUCGCCCCGACGCUGGCCUCGCCCACCGAGCAGCCCGUAGUGGUGUGGCUGGUGGUGUUCGGUGUGGUCAUGGGCAUCGUGGUGCUGUUGGGCGUCUACCUGAUCGGCUCUGGUAUCAGAGAGCGCAAAAAGAAAUCUGCAAAGACCAACCCAGAAAAUCCUUACAGUCCAGAUGAUGACGGGCAAAGUAACAAAGCUUAUGAAAGCGACAGUGACAGCGACAGGGAACAAACGGGGUUGUAAACAACCAAAAACAUUUUUAUUUGCUCAAAAAAAUCCUUGUUAACAAACAAUGAAUUGCUGUUUACUUGUUGUACAUCUAUGUAAAUGCUCUUAAAUGGUUCUCCUAGCAAUUUACACAAUUAUUUCUAUUCACUUGUCUUGUUUACUUUGAUGUACUUUUUCCUGAAAUAUAGACAUAGUAGCAAAUAUUAUAAAUACUCAUGUGAUAAAGUGUAUUAAUAGAACUGUAAAUAUGGAUUUGAUUCACUUGAAACUCUAAGUAUCUACACUUAAACUUUUUUAAUGCAGUUCCUCUCUGUCAAAAAGUGGCGUAACUCCACAAAUUAUUUAAAAAUUCAUCCAGCUUUAAACUAACUCAAACAGAUUUCAAACUACACUUCAGUUUAAAUGUUAAGGAGGAAUAAAAGCUUUGUUUCAGCUUGAAUGUCUGUCUGUAUUGUCAGAUUGUUAUUUUAAGAUUCUGCUUGGUAAAUACAACUUAAAAGUUCUUUUUAAACUGUUUUUACAGUGUAGAUAGUUAAAGGAAUAUAUUUGAUGCCCUACUUUAUAUUGGAGGUACUUUUUUAUUUUAUUUAGAUAUUGUAAAAUGAAAACACUUUAACUUUGUCUUAUGUUUCUUUUAUUAUUAUUUCAGAUAAAAGAGGUAAUUAUGUUCAGUCUGAAUUUUGAACCCAAACUUAAAAGUGUUAAAAAAAGGUUGUUGAAUGUAAAAAAAAAAAAUAAUACUUCUUUUGUAUUUUGAAUGGACAAUCUGAAAUUUGAGCAAUUUUUGUCUGGAAAAAAAAAUACAAUGUAUAAAAUGAAACUUGAACUAU